AAAGUUCGAAGAUAAGAUAAAUAAAAUUUGACAAAAAAUUGUUUAAACUAAGAUUUGACUUCGUAUACUUCUGAUUGAUUUAUCCUUAACCGAUCAAUGUUAAAACUCUCACGGUGUGUUUGGUUUGAGGGAAAAAAAGAGGGAAAAAAGAAAAACACGAAAUCAAUUAAUGAAUUUGGACUAAAUUUAGUCUAAGCUUGGUUUAUUGUGUUUUCUUGUUUCUGUCAUGUACAGACAGACUGCUUCAGAGGAAAAGUCUUGUAUUUGGUGAAUACAUUUCUCUGGUGGGGCUAAUACAUUUUCUUUUUUCUCAUUUUUAUGUUGAUGUACAUGUUUGUACGUGAUUGGAAUUUUCUUGAGUUUUUAUAGCUAUGGAGCAUUUUUCAUGGACAAAAUUCAGGUGCAAUAUUUUCUUAGAUAUUUUUUUUGUAUGGCUAUUAUUAACUUAGAAUACACUUUGAGAUAAUGGUAGUAUAUAUAUUUUAUAAUUACAUUUAGACUAUUAUUAUUCACACGCACACACACACACUUGCCGGGUUUUGAGCCCUGCAAUAUAACCUCGUCGUUUGAGCACACGAGAUUGAUACCAGCGGUUCCCUAAAACUCCCACAGAUAAUUUGUGGUAAUAUUAAAAGUGAAGAUUUUAGUAACUCCUGCAAUAUGAUGAUUUCCGAAGGUUAAAAAUCCUGCAAAAUGGCUCAAAAAUUCAAAACCCCUGCAAUACGACGCGUUAUUUAUAUUCACUUUUGUAUUUAGUACCAAAUAUUUAGAUGAAAAGUUACUAGUGAAUUAUCUUUUGAGGGUGUACAUUUGGACUAAUCAAUCCCUUUAAGCAAUUCAUGAACUUCCAAGGAUUUUCAUCUUGUACUUAUUUUUCCAUACAAUGCAUUUGGAACACAAUAAAACACGUAACAGAAAGCUACAACCUUCACUCUUGACCUUUCCCAAAAAUUGAAUAAUAAAAAGAGACUAAAACCUUCAUUUCAAACCACAAAUUUUAUUCAACAAAACGCUUCACCCACGGCAUAUUAAGUAGCCCUCAUAUCCAAAGCUUCAAUUCUCCAUUUGUUAACUAAUAACCACAUAUUACUUUUUAAUAUUCUGAAAAACAAAGCAAGAUCAGAAUGGCAAUUGUGAUUGUAUCUUGCAAGUUAUCAUUUUCUUUUUAUUAUUUUCUCCUUCUUCUCAUUAUUAUUGUAUCUCAAGCUAAAGCCCAGCAAAAUUUUUUGGACCACUUUUGUAUGAACGAAAAAGGUAACUACACAGCCAAUAGCACAUAUCAAAACAACCUUAACAUCCUUUUAUCCGAUCUCUCUACCAACACACAAAUCAACUACGGUUUCUACAAUUUCUCUAAUGGCCAAAAAACCAACAAAGUAUACGCCAUUGGACUCUGCAGAGGAGAUGUUAAACCCGAUAUUUGCCGCAGUUGUCUCAACGAUGCAAGAGUUCUUCUAACACGUCUAUGUCCAAAUCAAAAAGAAGCAAUUGGUUGGUAUGACAAUUGUAUGUUGCGCUACUCCAACCGAUCAAUAUUUGGCAUUAUGGAAGGUUCACCUUCGUUUUACAUUUUAAGCUUUAAAAAUGUAACACGGGCGGAUCAAUUUAAUCGAGUUCUUGGGAACUUGCUGAUUAAAUUGAAAGAAAAAGCUGCAUCAAGUAAUGACUCUCGUGUUAAGUAUGCCACGGGUAAUGAAACUGGCUUGAACUUUCAAACCAUAUAUGGUCUUGUGCAGUGUACACCUGAUUUGUCAUUUCAAGAUUGCAAUAGUUGCUUAGAUGCUGCUAUCUCAGAAAUUCCAAGUAAGGUUGGUGCUGGACUUGUUACACCAAGUUGUAAGAUUGAAUUUGAAACCUUUCUCUUCUACGAUCCUCCGCUUAUAGUAGACACAGAUGAAACCUCUCAACCACAAGAAAAAAGCAAAUCAUCUAAUACUACCACCAUUGCCAUAGUUGUGCCUACUGUUGUUGUAGUUCUUGUUCUGCUAACUUUGAUCAUUUGUAUAUGCUUAAGGAGAAACCGCCACAGUAUGGCAGGGUUAAAUAUCGAAGGUGAAGAGGAAAUGACGAUUGCCGAGUCAUUGCAAUUUAAUUUUGAUAUCAUACGAGUUGCUACAAAUGAUUUCUCUGAUUCUAAUAAACUUGGACAAGGUGGAUUUGGAAUUGUUUAUCAGGGUAAAUUGCCUAAUGGACAAGUAAUUGCUGUCAAAAGAUUGUCAACAAAUUCUAACCAAGGAGACACGGAAUUUAAAAAUGAAGUACUUUUAGUGGCGAAGCUUCAACAUCGAAAUUUAGUUAGGCUACUUGGUUUUUGUCUUGAAAGAAGAGAAAGGCUACUUGUUUAUGAAUUUGUUCCAAAUAAAAGUCUUGAUUACUUCAUAUUUGAUCUAACAAGGAAAACACAAUUGAAAUGGGAGAAGCGCUACAAUAUCAUAAAAGGUAUUGCCCGUGGUAUUCUUUAUCUUCAUGAGGAUUCUCGCUUGCGAAUUAUACACCGUGAUCUCAAAGCAAGCAAUAUUCUCUUAGACGACGAGAUGAAUCCUAAGAUAUCUGAUUUUGGAUUGGCAAGAUUGUUUGUUAUCGGUCAAACUGAAGGAAGCACAAAUAGAAUCGUUGGAACCUAUGGAUAUAUGGCACCUGAGUAUGCGAUGCAUGGGGAAUUUUCAGUAAAAUCAGAUGUCUUUAGUUUUGGAGUAUUAGUUCUUGAGAUUAUAAGCGGUCAUAAAAAUAGUGCAAACAUUUGUCAUGGGGAGGAUGUGGAGUAUCUAUUGACCUAUGCAUGGAGAAGCUGGAGAGAGGGGCAAGCUAUAAAUAUUAUAGAUCCAUCAUUAAGCAACUUUUCAGUAAAUGAAAUAAUGAGAUGCAUCCAUAUUGGUUUACUCUGUAUUCAAGAAAACGUAGUUGAGAGACCAACCAUGGCUUCUGUUGCACUCAUGCUUAAUAGUAAUUCUCUCGCUCUCUCAAUACCUUCGAAACCUGCGUAUUUUAUGGGAGGUGGAAUUGGUAGACUACCAGACAUGCAGCAACAAGUUGAUAAUGUAAGUGGAACAAGAUCGGAUGAAUCGGUGAACCAAAUUUCAAUUACUGAUAUAUACCCACGAUAAGUUUUGGUUAUAAGUUUUUUUUUAGAAAAAUGGUCGAUCAUAAGGGUGAAUGGGUGCAUUGUAAAAAGUAUUGUUAAGUCAUACCUUUUUGUACUUGGAAAUAUAAAGUGUAGCACAUUAGUUACUGAACCAAAUUAAAUGUUCAUCUACAAAUAUAUUUGAAGAAUACAACAAGGAACAUAUAUAAUUAUAAACUUGGCGGUUAGCACUUGAAUUAGCAUUAUUCGCUAAGGAAUGAGCUUC